AGAGGAGUCUUUUGUAAUCACAACAUGAUCUCGUGUGCUGAGCAGUGAAGCCGGCAGGGAGAGGCCAGCAGAGGCCCGGCUCCGGUGGUGGCUCGGCGGCUCCGGCUUCCCUCCGGCUCUGGCUCCCCUGGGGCUGCUCUGGAAUUCUCUCAGUGCCCACUGUUGCCAUGCACUCGGCUGGGCCUCACGGAGCUGAGUCACCCCUGAGCAGGCAGGAAGAGAAGGAUGCAGAGCUGGAUCGGAGGAUAGUGGCCCUUCGAAAGAAGAACCAGGCCUUACUCCGCAGGUACCAGGAGAUCCAGGAAGACCGUCGGCAGGCGGAGCAGGGGGGCAUGGCUGUGACCGCGCAGGAAUUCCUCCGACCUGAUGGCCUCACUGUCACUAUCAGCCAGGUUCCCGGCGAGAAGCGGGUGGUCAGCCGUAACUGGGUGAGAUCCCUCGGACCUGAAGCAGCCGGUGCGAUGCUUGAGGAUGAGGAGGUGGAGUAUCACACCGGUACUUUCUGCCUGGGGGACCGGGUGGAGCUGGCUGUGACCAUGGAGAACAAAGCUGAGGCCAAGCGGAUCGUAAGUGAGAAGCCCACCAGAGCAAAGAACCGGGGGGCAGGAGGGUCACCUGGAGGGGGCUUGGGCCGGACCCCCUCCAUGCAGAUGGCCGUCAGCUCAGAUUCGGCACGGAAGGGUGCUCGGGAGCCCCAGAGUCCAGGCCUGGUCCCAGGCCCGGUUCCCCACCGACCAGUGGGGGGACCCCAGGAGGUGGGCUGGGACUACGCCCAGUGGAAGCAGGAGCGGGAACAGAUCGACCUGGCCCGUGUGGCCAGGCACAGAGACGCGCAGGGUGACUGGCGCCGCCCGUGGGACCUGGACAAGGCCAAGCCCACGCUACAGGACUCCAGCAAGCCUCGAGAAGAGGGCCCGGCCAGGGCGGGCGGCACCAGGGGUCCCAGGAGCCACCGAAAGCUACAGCCCCCACCCUUGUCCCCUGAUGGUAAAGGUGGUACUACUCGGGGUGGGCAACCCAGCAGAUCCUCAGUGGUGUCUGCCACGCGAAGCAAAGCCCGGGGGACAGAGAGGCUGACUGGCAGGGCCCGCAGGUGGGAGACGAAGGAAGGCAAGGAGGAGCUGGAGAGCCAGGAGGGAAGCCAAAGUACCAGAAAGAGUCGGAGCGAGGAGGAACACUCACAGAAGCGGAGCGAGGUGGAGCUGAGCAGACCCACAAGUGCCCCAGCAACCAGCCCAGCCCCAGUAUCCCCAGAGGGGCCAAAAAGGGAGUCAGGAGUCUCGAUAGCCAGUCCAGAACCUACCUGUCCACAAAACACUGACUUGGUUCCCCUUGACCUUUCUCUAGGAGGAGCCAGUAGCCCUGGGCCCGGGGCGAGUGUGUGUGUGCUCCCUCCAAGGCCUGGAGCCCAGGAGAACCCCGUGUCCUGGCCAGAUGGUUCUGAGCAGCUCCCGGGGUUGAAUGACCCCCAGGCUGAGCCGGAAGUACAGACUUGCUCCAAGCCCCAAGGAGGAGCAGGGCCCUUAGAGCCCAGAGAAGACAGGUCUGGCAAGGCUGGGGCCCAGCAGGGCCUGGCACAACGAAGCAGGCCCACCAGGGGAAUGGGCCAAAGAGCAAGGGGCGCAGGAGGUGUGAGAAGCAGGACAGGAGGUCCGGGCCCCGCGGGAAGAUGCUGAGCAAAGCCCCUGGGAGCAAAGGGGCCGGGCUGGGCAGAGGAGGAGGGAAGAAUGCAGUCAGGACUCUUGUGUGUGGUGGGUGUCUGGUUGCUGGUGGCUUGUGGCAGUCCAGCUGAGCAGUUGGGCAAACUUUCCAGUGGGGUGACAUCGUGAGGGCAAGGAGCUGGCCUUCCUUGUAUCUCAGGUGCACAUCCCUGUGUACGGGUGUGUUUUCACCUGCAGGUAAAGCUCCUGGUGUAUUCCUAUGUCACACCUGGUCUCUGAGGCUGGCAAGAAAGCGAGGCUUGGAAACACUCAGCACCUGGCUCACCUGGCCUCUAUCACCCCCCAGGGCCUGGCUUCUCUUUCCAGCUGUGGCUUUGGAGGUGGAGGCAGCCUCAGUAGCUGGCAGGACCAGCCCAGGCCUGGGGCCUUUCCCAUGCCUCUGCCUUGCACCCAGGUGACUCACAGCCCCAGACUCACAGGAUGGCAAACGAGUGGAACAUCAGCCAUCAGCUGGUAGCCUCCUGCCUUCCUGGAAGAGGAGGCUGAGGCCCAGAAAGGGAGGGCACAGCAGGUGGGGACUGAGCUGGGGACAGGAGAGUGGAGCUCAGGUCUCCUCUGCAAAAGAGAGGGUUCCUGGAAAGGCCUCCUCUCUGAAAUGGGGUGGAGUUGGGUGGUGAGAGAAUAGCGUCUCCCCCCGCCCCCCCCCACAGUAGGGUGGGAAAGCUCACCAGCAGGGACACCCUCCCUCCCCCCUACCCAGGUCAGACUUCAAGUGUACCCCAAGGGGAGGGAAGAGGGCAGCCCUGCAGCCCAGGGCCAUUUCCUGCCAUCUCCUACUUCCUCUUCCCCACCACCUCCCUGCACCAAGGUCAUGCAAUAGCAAGGACUCAGACGAGGGACAGAGAAACAGCGACUCUGGCGAAGUACAACUUCAGGACUUGUCUUUCCUACUUAGUCUCUGUUCCUGCCCCUCCCCUGAGGCCCACGGCUGGUGAAUUAUUCAGACUCCGCACAAGCUGUGGCUUCCUCUCAAUUCAACAAACAUUUCCUGAGCACCCACUACCAGCAGUGCAGCCGGUGGGCGAUGGUGACUUUGCCAGCAAGAGGGAGGGAGAAACUCAGGCAUCCAGCAGCCCCAGGCUGCACAGCAGGAGCCAUUCUUGGCUGCAAGAGCCUGACAGGAGCUGGGGAUGGUGGGAGGAGCCCAAAGGGAACCAUCUCACUUCUGCUCGAAAAGGCAGGUGCCCCUUCCUUUCUCACCACGUGUGUCUUUUGCCCCCCAAGCUCCUGCCUGGAUCUCCCCAUGUGACCCCCUCUGUUCCCCUCCUCUUUGGCCCUGUGGUGGUGGCUGCUCCUCUCUGCUGAGGGUCCCAGGCCUCACUCACCAGCCUCUCUGGGUUCUCUAGGGAGUGUCCAGAUCAUGCUCAGGGUUUCUCCACUGUGGAAGGGAGGGAGGGCUGCAGGAAGCAUGAGGAGGGGGUGUCUUUUCAGCAGAUCAGAUUGUUUAGAGCAGUGCUUCUCACAUGUUAAGGCGCAGAGUAUUGCAGGUCCUAAUUCGGUAGGUCUGUGGGGGGCCUGGCAAUGCGCAUUUCUAAUCAGCUCCAGGUGACAGCUGUGCUGCUGUUUCCUGGACCGCGGGUUGAGUAGGAAGGGUUUGGGCUGGGAGAUAUGGCGAGCUAGGGCCCAAGACAGACUCUAGACUCUAAGGACUUGUUGCUGGCUAUGUCGGGGACCCGGCGAGGGCCGCCCUGGCCGGGUGCAAGCUUCCUGGCUUCAGAGUUGGGUGGGCAGCUGAGGCACCUGGGAAGGUGCCAGAGAGGCCAGUGAGUGGGUGGUGCCAACUUCCCGUAGCGGGGAGUGAGGAGACUGGUUAGCUGGUUGGGAAUGGGAUAAGGUGAAGGGGGUGGAAGAGGUUGGUGUGGAAUUUUGAAAAGGCUUGGGAAUAUUCUUAUGCGUGUGGGAAGACCCCUCUGAGACAUGAAUAGGUAAGGGCGAAUGAUUCCAACUGAAGUUUUCCUCUUUCUCUCCAGUCAUACAUAUAUGUAUUUGGAGCAGGGGCCUGGGCCUGACCCAUGACUCCCAAAGGAUAGAGGUGGGGAAGAGCAGAUUCAAGCAGAGCCCUUGAAUUCAGAUGUCUCAAAAUAAUAAUAACAGUAAUCAUCAUUAUCAUCACCAUCAUCAAGAAUCUGAAUUCUAAGAUUCACAAACUGCUCCCAAUGGCCACCCCCCGCCCCGCCUCCAUGGUACCAACCGUAUAGACAGGCCUUCGUUAGAGGGUAUAUGUCAAGGUAUGUCUGACUAUGGGAUGGGGAUGUAGAAUUCAGGCAGAAAUCUGGCUCGGCCCUUACAAACAGAACCUAAGCAGUAGAGAAAGCUGGGCAAGGGGCGCCUGGGUGGCUCGGGUGGGCGUCCGACUCUUGAUUUUAGCUCAAGUCAUGAUCUCGCGGUUUGUGGGAUCAAGCCCCAAGUUGGAGCACAGCCUGUUUGGUAUUCUCUUUCUCUCUCUUUCUCUCCCUGUGCCCCUACCCUGCUCACGUGCCCUCUCUCGAAAUAAAUGAACUUAAAAAAAAAAAAAAGAAAGAAACGAAAAGAAAGCUGGGCAGAAGGGCUAUGGAAAAAUAGGGUUUCUCUCUCUGAGGGUAACAUCUAGAAGGACAUUAGGAGAAAGGAUGUCAUGGGAGUCACUAGGGGUUAGAGAGUGCAGAGACCAGCACAGGCGGUCUUCACUCUAGGAAGACUGUAGUGCCAGAAAAGUAUCACAGCUUUUCUCAACAAAGGGGGAGCCUUCUUCAGGGCAGCAGCUAAGGGGGCGAGCACCCUCCUCCCCUGGGAUGGAACCAGCGGUGGAGAAGGAGGGAAGCAUAGACACCCCUCCAUAAACCUCAGGGUCAUGGGAGCCUGGCUGCAACAAUUCCUGGCUCCUUUGUCUAAAGGCCUGGCUGGGAGACUUCCUCUUAGAUGCCUCUUUCCUCUCCAACCAGCUGACAAGACUUUCCUCAAAGGUGGGAAGCUCUUCAUGAGACAGCACUAUUGGGAACCCAGGCACAGAGCUGGAGGAACUGAGAAGGAAGGUGCCUGCAGAAUAGUAGAGCAAUGACAGCUUUACUUAGGGCCUCAUAACACGGAGGGCAGAAGGGGCAGAAUAUCUCUCCAUCCUGAGCCCCUGUCACCUGGGCAGAGGGGAGCAGCAGACCAUAUUGCAAGGGAGGUAUGUUUUUUGAGGAGAGGCAUCAGGGUAGGAACAGACAUGGGCUAGGUCUGUCAUCAGCUAGCUGGGUAACCUUGGUCAAGUUAAACCUCUAAGGCCUUGGUUUUCUUAUCUGAAAAAUGGGGCCAGUAACACCUACCUUGAAGGGUUGUCAAGAAAAUGAAAGAGAAUGCAAAAUAUCCCCGGCCCACAGCAGGCACUCUAUCAGCAGUAGCCUGGCACUCAGUCAUUGUGUGUUAAAUAAAUGGAUAGCUAUUUGGUUUGAUCUCUGUCUUUGUUUCCUAUCCU